CAAUGAUUCCUCUCCAAUUAUUUCUUCUAUAUAUGUUCAUGGAUGCAAGCAUUUAGGACAACAGAAGUGAUUCACAUCCUAAAGCAUUUGAAGUUCAAAAACUUGCAUCUUAUUCACAAUAUUCUCUUCCCAAGUCUCAACUCAUACAACAACAAUGGGUUUUCGCUUACCUGGCAUCAGGAAGACAUCAAUUGCUGCAAACCAAGCAUCUUCCAAAUCUGUGGAGGUGCCAAAGGGCUACCUUGUAGUCUAUGUUGGAGACAAAAUGAGGCGGUUUCUUAUCCCCGUAUCAUACUUGAACCAACCAUCCUUUCAAGAUUUGUUGAAUCAAGCUGAGGAAGAAUUCGGGUAUGACCAUCCAAUGGGCGGUCUCACAAUACCAUGCAAGGAGGAUGAGUUCCUAACCGUCACCUCUCACUUGAAUGACCUGUAAAUCAUGCUAAUGGAUACACGGAUAGAUUAGAUGAGGCAAAUUUGUACAGAAGAGGCAUUUUCUUUUAUUGUUAGGGAUUUCUAUUUUCUACUGAAGUUGAAACCUGUUUCCUUAAUGAGAAUUAAUGCAGCACAGGACACGUAUUGUUUAAUCA